CUCCCGCUGCCGUGGGUGGGAGGGCGAGGACGCAGGCAGCGCGCGUGCGCGCUCCGCGCUGCAGCUAGUCUGCGUGCGUGAGUGGGAGGCGGAGGGCCUGCGACUCCGGCCUUCCCGGCGGACUGCUCCGACGCCGCGUCUCCAGUCAUGAACCGGUUCGGCGCCCGGUUGGUGGGAGCCACGGCCACCCCGCCGCUGCCGCCGAAAGCCCGCAGCAACGAGAACCUGGACAAAAUCGAUAUGUCCCUGGAUGAUAUUAUCAAACUGAAUAGAAAGGAAGGAAAGAAGCAAAAUUUUCCAAGAUUAAAUAGAAGACUUCAGCAAAGUGGUUCCCGGCAAUUCAGGCUGAGAGUGCGGUGGGGAAUCCAGCAGAAUUCUGGUUUUGGUAAAACUAGUGUGAGCCGUAGAGGAAGAGUAUUGCCUGGAAAGAGACGUCCUUAUGGAGUUAUCACUGGCCUUGCAGCUAGGAAGGCAACUGGAAUUCGAAAAGGAAGUAGUCCUAUGAAUCAUCCACCUCUAAGUGACAAGAACAUAGAGCGAUAUUUUCCGGCAUUAAAAAGGAAGACAAGCCUUCUGAGACAAAAUGAAGUACAAAGGAAACCAGUUGCAGUUCUCAAGAGAGCCAACCAGUUAAACAGAAAAAAUAACAUUCCAGCUAAUUUUACCAGGAGUGGAAAUAAACUAAGUCAUCAGAAAGAUACUCGUCAGGCAACUUUUCUUUUCAGAAGAGGCCUGAAGGUUCAGACCCAGUUGAACACGGAACAACUGCUAGAAGAUGUGGUAGCAAAGAGAACUCGUCAGUGGCGUACUUCCACCACAAAUGGAGGGAUAUUGACUGUAUCCAUUGACAACCCUGGAGCUGUACAGUGCCCGGUAGCUCAGAAACCACGAUUAGCUCGUGCUGCUGUGCCCUCCUUCUUGACAAGAAGAGAGCAGCCUGAUGUGAAGAAGGUUCCCAAAGGCGUUCCUCUGCAGUUUGACAUAAAUAGUGUAGGGAAACAGACAGGGAUGACUUUGAAUGAACGGUUUGGGAUUCUGAAAGAGCAAAGAGCCAGUCUCACAUUCAACAAAGGAGGAAGCCGAUUUGUAACUGUGGGAUAGAUCCACGGCAGAGGAGCUCUUAAGUGUUGACUGUUUGAAGAGUUGAAUUGCUUGAAGAGUUCAUCAGAGAAGUUCAAGAAACUUUACUUCAGAAUAUUCACAAGCCUAAAUAACUUUAUUUUUGAAGGUUUUUUUUUUUUAAUGUAUAAAUAAUGCCCUGAAAGAAUAACAGGGAAUAUACCUAUCUGUUCAUAAAGAUUUCAUGGUUGGCCCAAACAAAGCAAUUCUUUAUUGACUUCUUAGAUUCCUCGUGAAGCAGAAGGAAGACAGACAGAUAGACCUUGAUUAUUUUUAUGAGUGUGCUGUGUAGGAUCUCAUCACUGUCGUCCAGUUUGUAGACUUUGCCAUGGUUAGACUUCAGAAACAGGAGUACACCCCUGUGCUGCUGUCACUUGCCAUUCAUGUGCUGGGACAGUAAGUACAGCUGCCUUUCUGUCAUGAGUGGGAUUUUUAAACAGUGGUGGAAUUUCAGUUCUGCCUCGUAAGAUGUAUGGAAAUACUUAGAACUUGGCUCAUUUAUUGUUUUUGUUAGAUAUUGACCCCCUGGGUUCUAAGCAUUUAGUAUUGAACUUUACUAAGAAUGUGGCUCUCAGGGUUAGUCUCAGAUCACAGCGUGUCAGAGCUGGGAACGCUUACGUACAAAGUUAUCUGACAGGGCUUUGCAGGAGAUGCGCAAUACAAACCCUGAUAGUCUGUCUUUAGUACAUGCUGAAGACACGGAAGACAGUUUCAGGACGGAGGACUGGAAACAGUACAGACCUAAAGACCCGGCCAUAGUUACACUCUCGGAUUUCAGUGCCGUCCUGAGUCCUUUGUCCUUGGUUCUUCUAUACAUGAUGCUGACAAGAAUCUCACCUUUUGAAAGGAAUUGAAUCUGUGGGUAUUUUGACAGUACACUUACUGGACAUAAAGUCCUAUGCUUCAUAUUCAAAAGUUUUUAUUAAAAAAGCUUUUAGGUUUGUUAAGUUCAAUAACUUACAACUCCCCACACAAAAAUCUACUUGUAUCUGUCACAAAGA